AUGGAAUAUGCAACUGGUGCAAUGGCUGGAGUUAUGGCGGGUUGUUUUACCAACCCCCUCGAUGUUGUCAAAACGAGAAUGCAAUUACAGGGUGAAUUAAAAGCAAGAGGACAUCAUGUCGUUCAUUACAAGAAUACUUUACAAGCAUUUUAUGUAAUUGCAAAAACGGAAGGAAUUGUAUCCUUGCAAAAAGGAAUCGUACCUGCUUUAUGGUUUCAAGUAUUUUUAAAUGGUAUUAGAUUGGGAAGUUUUGACAUUGCACAAAAGUUAGGAUGGACGAAAAAUAAAAAUAAUGAAGUUAAUGUGUUCAAAACUGCCAUUGUUAGCGCUUGUUCGGGUUGUUUAGGAAGCUUCACCGGAAGUCCUUUUUAUUUGGUAAAAAUUCAUUAUCAAAGCCAUGCCGCUAGUCAAAUAGCUGUCGGGUAUCAACAUACUCACACGGGUACAUUAUCAGCAUUGAAAAAUAUUUUUAAAGCGGAAGGUGUAAGAGGACUUUGGAGAGGUUCACUUUCGUCACUUCCGAGAGUAGGAGUCGGUAGUAGUAUUCAAUUAUCGACAUUUAGUACCGCUAAAGAGUUUUUAGAAAACUAUAAGCUUUUGUCAAAGGAAAAAUCAUUAUGGAAUUCAUUUGCUGCCAGUAUGCUUUGCGGUGUUGCUGUAGCCACCGCAAUAACUCCCUUUGAUGUUAUUCAAACAAGGCUUUACAAUCAAGGAGUUGAUAAAAAUGGAAAAGGUUUAUUAUAUAACGGUAUUAUUGAUUGUUUUAUAAAAAUGUCUAAAACGGAAGGAAUAUUAGGAUUUUUCAAAGGUUUUGGACCUUGUUAUUUAAGAAUAGGGCCACAUUCUUUACUAACUUUAGUUUUUUGGGAUAUAUUUAAAAAACUUUCAAUGCCGGCUGAAGAAAAAUUAUUACAAGUUGAACAAGUAUUGAAGGAAGAAAUAGAAGAAAUCGUUUCACAAGAAUAUUAA